CAAAAACCCUAAAGAAAAAAGGCCACUUUGCUUGGAGAAGUACUUGUACCAAACCCCAAUAGUUCAGACUUCGAAGCCAAGGAAUUUAUAUGUUUAAAAUAUACAUUUCCAUUCUCCUACUCUCCCUAUAAAAUUCUAUCCAGUCCAGCACAUACCAAAAUGGUAUUCUAUCCUUCAAUCUUCAUCUAAUUAUGGCUUUCUCUGUGAUCAGGUCACGAGGAAGCCUAGUUAGGCCAUCUGAGCAGACACCAUCUGGAACACUUGAUCUGUCAGUUAUUGAUAGAUUGCCUGUCCUGAGAUGCAAUGCUCGAACGUUGCAUGUUUUUGGACAUGGCCCUGAAGAGGCAGCAAAAGUUAUAAGACAAGGUUUGUCGAGGGCUUUGGUUCCUUACUACCCUCUUGCUGGGAGGCUGAAAGAGUCGAGCAGCCAAGGUGGUCGGCUCCAAAUCGAAUGCUCUGGAGAAGGCGUGUGGUUUGUCGAGGCUUCUGCUGAUUGUACUCUUGAUGCUGCCAAUUACUUGGACGAUGCUGUUUCCGUCCCAUCUGAUGACCUUCUGCCUGACCAUAUCCCUGAAAAUCAAGACAUAGACCCACUUGUGCAGAUGCAGGUGACACAAUUUGCAUGCGGUGGAAUCGUGAUUGGCCUCCUAUUCUGCCAUACCAUAUGUGAUGGCCUAGGAGCAGCACAAUUUCUAAACGCGGUCGGCGAGCUGGCUAAAGGGGCUGAGCAUCUGAGCACUAUACCAGUGUGGCAGAGGGACUUUUUCCCACCUCUACCGGAAGAAGCAAAGAUCAUUGCGCCGGUAAACCCGCCGCCGCCGCCGCCCCCAAUACCCAACAACAGGCUAGAGCAUGCCAACGUAGAUAUAACUCUCGAUCAAAUCAACCAGCUCAAGCAAGAAUUUCAUCAAUCAACAGGACAGAAAUGCUCUGCGUUCGAAAUUGUGGCUGCCAAAUUCUGGAGUUGCCGAACGCGAGCCAUAAACUGGAAGCAAAAUACACAACUCACGCUUGUCUUCUUCGCAAAUUGCCGGCAGCUCUUGGACCCUCCAUUGCCAAACGGUUUCUACGGCAACUGCUUCUUCCCGGUGACAAUCAAAGCCUGGAGUGAUUCCCUCGCCGGUGCAUCAAUCAGCGACGUUGUGGGAAUGAUCCAAGAAGCAAAGGCUACGCUUCCCACUGCGUUUGCCAAGUACAUCAAGGCAGUGAAGGGUGAGUCAGUCGAGAAGGAGGACGGAGACGACCCAUUUGCACCGCCGACGGCUUACACCACUCUAUUCAUUUCGGAGUGGGGACGGCUGGGAUUCAACCAAGUGGACUACGGAUGGGGCCCACCGGUCCACAUCGUUCCAAUACAAGGGUCAAGCACGAUACCUGUGGGCAUAAUGGGAUCCUUGCCUUCGCCCAACAAAGGAGUGCGGUUGAUGACGUGGUGCGUGGAGGAGCCCCAUCGCCAACAUUUCCUCGAUCAAAUGAUGGCUGCAGGCUGCAGUAAGUGAUCUGUAACAUUAAAUAUUCUCAAAAAAACAUAUCCAAAAGAACGUGGAGGGGAUAAUUAUUGUCAUAUUUUGGGUUGUUAUUAAUUGCAUUACUCUUUAGGUUGUACUUUGUUUUAUUGAAUAUGUUGUGUUCACGAGUGAAAAGCAAUAAAAUUUACAUAUUCUUG